AUGGAUGAGGAAACGACAAAAUUGCGAACUCUGCGUAAAGAACGAGAACGUGAGUUAACUAAUCGUCACACGCGAGAACUCGAGGAAUUUGACGUCAUUGAGGAUGGGGGAAGCACAUCAGGACCGUGGAAACACCGUACAUCAAGUCAGAAGUCUGGCCAGGAGACGAACAAUGGAACUGCCGUAAAUGGUCGUAAGUCUACGUCGUCACCUACAGGAAGUACUGCGAGGUGAUUGUACUUCAUGUAGGUAAAAUUAUUGGGAACGUGUUUGUAUAUAGACGAAUUGAUCAAAUGAGUAUGUGAAGUAAUUCGAUGAAAUGAACAUUAGCUGAUGAAGCAAACGGUGUUCUUCACCUCUUCUAAGCGAUUGUAAAUUCGAUGAAAAUUAAUAAUUCGAUUAAUUAGAUGAGCAAUCAAGAGUCUCAGAACAUCUCACCAAAGCUCGCUUUGUUAUUACAGAGAUUCCUGAUAUGAUAGCUCUAGCUGUCAUUAAAGAAGCCACAAAUAUGAAAUGGACGAAAUACUUCGCAACUGUGUAA